GACAUAAUGCAAAGCACUAGCAAACUGUGUGUUGCCUCUGCAUCCGCGCAACCUGCUGUCCGCAGGUUCGAUUGUUGGGCAGACCUUACAGAUGGCCCGCUAAGCUCCAUUCUUGCACUAUCAGGAUCCUUCCGUGAUGUUCUGCCGUUUGCUGCAACGUGCCGCUCUUGGCGUGCUGCAUUUUCCUCAUACCCAUCAAAAUCUACAUUCUGCACCAAAUUCCCGCCUCUCCUCGUCCAAUUCAAUGCCCGUGUUCAAGCUCCCGAUCUCCCUUCUAACAAUGGUCGUCAAAAGCUACGCACAUGUAAGGUCAUUGAUCCGAUCAACAAGAACAUCGCCCUGCGGUGCCAAAUUCCUCGGGAAAUUUAUCAGAAGAUGCAAUUCGCUGGCACUUCCUAUGGUCAACUAAUUUGCUGCCACGCUGGAUAUUGUCUUGUUGUUGAUGUGUUCAGUGGUGCCAAGGUUUCUCCUCCACGUCUCCCAUUCACCGGUGAUUGUGAGAAGGAGUUCUACUUCUACGUUAGCGGCACUCUGACAGCUCCCCUUGCAUCACCCAACUCACACCUCCUUGUCAGUACUGCAACCGCCCUGUUUGAUUGGUCUGUUGGAAGUGACUCUUGGUCUGUACUCCAGCUUUCUGAUGCGCCGAUUGAAAAGAUUGUGGAAUUCAAUGGUCAGUUCAUCGCCAUGGAUGAUUUUUACAAGAUCUACACAUUGCAGCUGUCCCCCCAGCUGGGUCUGCAGGAGAUAACAACUGAGUGGGUUGGUGACCUGGCCCCAAGCUCUGACGCCAAACCAUGGCUAGUGGUCUGUGGCAACAUGCUUCUUAUGGUUUACUGUUUCAGUACAACGAGUCUAGGCUGCUCAGUAGUACAAUGUAUACCCCACCACCUUGACAUGUCGACCAGCCCUGCAAAAUGGGUGGAGGUACGCCAGCUGGAUAAUUGGGAACUCUUUGUCGGGGGUGAUGUGAGGAGCCGGCUGUUUUCUUGCAGGAGUCCGGAGAGGUGGGGUGGGAGGAGCAAGUGGCUGUACUAUGCUGGCCGUCGCUCUUUUAUUGUACAUGGAGUGGGAGACGAGCGAGAUCCAUCUGCUGGUCCAAAUGUAGAGUACAAGAGAAGCUCGUCUGGCAGGUUGCAGCCCCUCUGGGUGUAUCCAAGCAUGUUCUACUCUGGUGUCCAGUGAUCGUCGCACGCAGCUGUUGACGCUCAACAGCAGCUAUGGCUUGAUGCUCUGCAUGCUCCUGAUGAAAAUUACCCUGACAACAUAGUAGGGACUUUUGCAACUUGGGCAGUGCCAUCGUAACAAUAUCACUUAUAACUUGGUGGUGUUAGUACUGAAGCUUUUGUAGCAGUUUGGUGCUUGGAGCUUGUUAGGAGUAGUCAAGCUUCUAAUCAAGUUAGUAGUAUUAAUUUAGUUGUGUUGUUUAAUCUUGUACUGCAUGAUGGGUAAUACUUUGAACUACUUGUUGCUCCUCUCU